AACUUCCUGUCCCCUGACCCUCGGCACCGGAAGUGAAUAGGACUAGUUGGAGGCACCGGUCUACAGCAGAGAAGAGAGACAGAGGCGCCGCCAGCAUGCUGAUCAAAGUGAAGACGCUGACCGGGAAGGAAAUAGAAAUUGAUAUUGAGCCCACUGACAAGGUGGAGAGGAUUAAAGAACGAGUGGAAGAAAAGGAAGGAAUACCUCCACAGCAACAGAGGCUGAUCUAUAGUGGGAAACAAAUGAAUGAUGAGAAGACUGCGUCAGACUAUAAGAUCCAAGGAGGCUCGGUGCUACAUUUGGUCCUUGCACUUCGAGGGGGUUUCUGAAGGUUCAGAAGGCUCCCUGUUGCAGCUGUUUUCUAAAGUUAUGGUGGUUGAGUUACCGCAUCAAGGUGGUCCUAUGGUUUAGGACUAUUUUUGUUAAUCCUCUGCCAGCUUCUUUGUAAGAUAAGAUUUCUUUUGUCACAGUGUGUUAUAUUUGUUUGCUCUGAAAUAAAUGCUCCUCCAGAUA